UCAACAUGGCGGCAGUUUGAUUGCAUGAAGGAAAAAUAUUCGAGAACACUGCAAGAUUCUCUCUUCUAUUCUAGUGCGAAGUGAUAGACGUCUUUGUGCUGAAAUUAAGAAGUGUUCUUUUGUGAUUUUGGAAGAAGAUUUGGUCACAAGGAAAGGUUUCUCGUGGAUCAGAGGAGUUUGUUUACGAGUUGCUAUGCUGGUUGCAUAAAAUUAGUGAAAUUGGAUUAUGUUGCUCACGCAAAGAGAUCGACUUAUCGCAAAUGGAUGAGGUUUAAUGGAGAUUGAAUCAACUGUUUUAAGGUGCAUCACCCACUUUAGAGGAUUUUCAUUGACAGCGUGUUUCGAUCCGUUCUCCCGAUCUAUGGAACUCUCUAAUGACUGAGAUAAUUAAGAAAAAAGCAACGAGUUUGUAGCAGAUAAUAAACAGCAUAGUCUUCUAGAUCAAGGAAAAAACCCUUCUCAUUAACCUUCAAAAAUCAUGUCUUUACGGACCAGAAUCAAUGGCUUUACAGCUUGGGUGAAUCUUAGACUGAGUCCAUCAGGACACUUCAUGCACAAUAUAUUGACAGAUCUUCUGAAAGGAUACAACAUGAAGGUUCUUCUAGAAAGUUUGACUGGACGGCCAUUGGAGAAACUGCAGAGUUUUGAUGGACUGACCCAGCAACAGAAGACAACAAGAGUGGAAUGGAUUGUGAAGGAAUUGAAACAUGCGUGUUUGAUUUACUUUGGUGCCUGGUUUGUCAUGACAUCUGGUUUGUUUGGGAGCGAUCUCAAUUCCUUCAACAGGCUGAAGGACAAACGCUGACGUCCAAACCUUUCUCGUGGACUCCUCCGCCUCCGCCACCCAAAACUUCUGCCGUCAAGACAAAGAAAUCCAUGCUGUCAGGAUUUGGAUCCAAAUCCCUGACUCAGACACCAAUAACCUCACCUGAGGUGCCUUCUCCAAGUCCAACAAAUACAGCGAGAUCAGAUGACAUGGUUAGUAGACGCCACAAGUCAAGAAAUUAUCCUUCUCCAGAAUACUGCAUCUUGGAUAUGGUGAACGCCCACCUUAAAAUGAACAGAGAGGGACGCAAACUCACAAGAGGUGUUUUGAGUUUGAGUGACCUUACAGACAGCAGGGUCCUCUGUGCUCUCGUGAACUCAUUUGUUCCAGAGACCUUCACAACAGAAGUCUUACUAAACGACCGGUGGACAAUAAACCUUGCGUUGAGGACAGCAGAUCAGAUGUUUAAAUCUUCAAAUCCCUUUGAUUCUCAAGACUUGGUUGAGGGUGACAUCAUGUCUGUGUGCUGUUAUUUUGGGUUUUUCUUCAUGAGUGGAUACAGAUAUCGACAAACCAGAGCAGUACUUAAGAGACUGGAUGAAUUGAAUGUCUUGAAAAUUGGGAUUAAAGACGAAAUGGAACAGUUUCCAUCUCUUAUUACCAAUGCAAAGGAUCUAAAGAGAAAGAAAGAAUUGGAGAAUCUUAGAUCAGUGUACGAUGAAGAAAUCCAGUUUUUAGAGCAAAAUUAUGACAUUGCUAAAUGUAAUGUUUGGAUAAGACAAGUAGUGGAGAUACAAAAUAAGGUGGCCUUCUUUAAUGCAGACAAGGACUUCAUCAAGUCUAAGGAGCAUGGCUCUGGUAAUACAGCUCUGCACAUGGCUUGUAGACACGGACAUUUUGACAUUGUGUUAUAUUUGUUGGAAAAUGGAGCAGACAUUGAUAUGUUGAACAAUCACCACAAUACGCCCUUCUUCCUCGCCACCGAAAGCUUACAAAAAGAGAUUUGCCAGCUUCUUAUCGAAUGGGGUGCCGACGUGAUGAAGCGAAACAAAAGCAGCAAAACGGCGUUUGACCUGAUGCGUCAUUAUGAACUCAAGAAAUUCUUGGAAGCCAAGUAUAAAGAAUGGCAAGAGCUUGUCCCCAAGUUGAUAUCCGGAGACAUCAAGAAACUAACUGCUGUGAUAAACGCUCAUCACAGAAGAGAAAAAACUAUGGCAAGUCUCAAAAGCAGGUGUGUCAGUGGUAGCACUCUACUCCAUACUGCGUCCUUCUUUGGAGCAAUCCCGGUUAUCAAGACCUUGCUCUCAGAAGGAGUUGAUGUCAAUACUUUGGACUACAAAGGAGCCACGCCCCUGCACAGGGCCAAAGAUGCGGCCACCGUGGAGCUUCUCCUCGAGGCAGGCUCAAACAUCGACAGUGAAGAUCAUGAUGGCAACACUCCAUUGCAUGUCAAAUGUUACGGUGAAAGUGGAGAGCCAACUGACUUAGAAUGCAUUGAAAAAAUGCUGAUGAAAAAAGCUCCUCUCAAUAUCAGAAAUAAUCGAGAUUUGAUGCCUAUUCACUGCUGUGCGAUGCAAGGACGGAUAGACGCCAUUCAGGCUUUGCUCUUCUUCGACACAGAAGGAAUCAUUAGGCAAAACUUGGAGAUGGAAGGCGAGAAAACUCCACCCAGUCUUCUUCAUUUGUCUGUGGCUAAUGACUUUCUAGAUUGUGCAAAAUGGCUAGCAGAAAACAACUUCGAAUUCAAGGACAAAGAAACAGAUUUACUCGUGCAUAAGAUUCUACUUGAAGAAGUUCCUUGUGGUAAUCGUGUGGCAACCGUCAGGUUUCUCCUCGAAAAUGGUGCUUCCGUGAAUCCUACAUACCCCGGAGGAAAUACAGCUCUUCACCUGACUGCUGGCCUGUCGAACGCUUCAGAUCUGUUAGAGCUGUUAUUGUCAUUUGAUGCCGAUGUUGAUGCCCUGAGCGAUGACUUGUGUAGUCCGCUUUUUUACGCCGCGCAGGCCAAUAAUCUGUACGCGGCAAGUCUUCUGCUAAAUCAAGGAGCCAAUGUGAGGACGAGAAAUUUACAAGGGCUGACUGCAUUUGAUUUUAUCUCUGACUUCGAAGAGUGGAUCGAAUGUUGUUAUUUCAGUGAAGAAAUAAAGGCGAGAUUAAAAGCCUACAGCCUCAAGCACGCGCGGGAUCUGGUGCGAGCUAUAACCAAGAAAGUCAGGAACCAACCAGGACUUUCUGCGUCGCAGCAGCCGGUGGGUCGAUCUCAGCCUACCUUGCGGGCAAUCAGUAGUGGUCACGUCCCUCUGAUGCUUCCACCAAUCCGGAAAGGAGCGACAAGUUGAGGCGCGCAAUUAUCAGCUGUGAUCACCUGGAGCAGGCUGCAGUGAUCGCUUCUUGAAUCUUAGAAACACCAGAAAAGUCUAAAUCACUAAUUGAUAUAUUUGUUAAAAUUUGUUAAAUGAGCUCAGGAAGUUCAGCAAGUAAGCUUUCUAAUUGGAGAAUGCAUUAGUGUUAUUUAGCCUAACCCUUUUAGUGGACCGAAAAAAAACAAUCAACAAUCAUCUCCCCUACGCUUAAGACUUUAUCCUUUUUUUUUUUACUUUGAGCUCUUAUUGGCACCUUUUGAUUUUUUCACAAAUUUUGAUUACGAUUUGUUUAGGUUUCCUUGUAGAAUAUAAAGAUCAUUCCACGGAAAGUGCGCACAAACGACUUUUAUUCACGGGUUGCGAUGCAUCGAAAAAAAGAAACCAAACGAGUGAGCGAGUGGGUUCUUUGAUGCAUUGCAACGAGUGAAUAAAAAUCGCUCAAGCACUUUCUACGGUAUGAUGUUUUUAAUUUUUCUUACUGCCCAACUCAUUUUAAAGAUUGGAAGUGAACGACUGUGAAAAUAUUCAUUCGCUCCGACGAAGGGCUAACGCUCGAAACGUCAGCUUUUGUAAUCGUUACGGUGGCCAAUUUACCAUUUCAA